AUGUCAGUGGAAAAGGGAAGUGUGAAAUUUUCAUCACCCUCCGAUCCAAUAUUGUUAUUGAAUGAAACACGGAAUGAUUUUAAAUGGAUGAGUGAAAAUGAGUGUGUGCAUGAUGAUGAAAAUUAUGAAUGUACUCGAGUUGUUUUGCACGAUUUUAAUGAAAUAUUUCAUUGUGUGGACGAGUUUGAUCAUUCUUCCGUUUUGGCUGUACCAAAAUUAAGAGAAAAACUGAAUCAUCAACAAUUUUCUUUACAAUUUCAUCAUGUUCAAACACUUGGCGAAUUGAAUAGAAAAGGUUCACUCAAUUCUCGUUUCAAUUAUCCAAUAGAUGUCAAGAUUGGCUAUCACUUGAAUUGUCUAAUCGUGAGCGAUAGCACGAAUAAGAGGUUGCAAUUCUUUGAUUUAACAACAAAAGAAUACCAAUCCACUCUUUCAUUGCCUUUUCGUCCCGCACAGAUAACCGUGCAAGAAGGUUCAUUUGGUAAUUGUUUUGUUCAUAUUUACAUCACCGAGUCUGAACAUGGAAUUAUUCACAAGUAUGACUUGAGAAAAUUUGUGCAAGAAGAGUAUUCAAAUUUGCAAGAUUUGAGAAUUUGGAGUACGUCUGAGAGCAUUCGUCAGACACCACACCUGCAAUUCUUAAAUUUGGAUAUUGAUAACCUAGAAUUCGAUGGAGGAACAUGUAUUGAACAGUUCAAUGCGGAAUUUCACACGAGUGUGUUAUACGUGUGCAGUAAUCAAACACCAAAACGAAUUUUUGUGCUAAAUUGUGAAAAUGGUCAUGUAUUGAAAAUUAUAUCAUUGACGAAUAGUUCUUUCAAACAAAUGUCAGCUAUUCAUCUUGCUCCCACGCAACACAUGUUAUUGAUCGUAGAUUCCAUGGCCCAUCAUUUGAAAUUGAUCGACAAGAACAGCGGAACAAUCGUUAAAAUUAUUGGGAAAUAUGGCGGAGGAGCAAGUAAGGGAAACACCAAGCCUUUACACUUUUCAUAUCCGAGAAAUUUAUGCAUUGACUACAAGACUCAUCUCGUCUAUAUUUGUGAUUCUGCCAAUAAUCGAAUUCAGGUGUUACAUUUGGCUGAAAAAUGCAAGUUUGUCAAAGAAUUUGGAAAUCAAUCUCUGUUCAACAUGAGCGGUAGAUUUAAAACACCCUCAGGUAUAUGUAUGAAUGAACAGAGUGGAGAGCUCAUUGUGGCAGAUACACAACUUCAAAGAGUACAAAUAUUUAGGUAA